GCUAAUUGUACGAUAUUUCUAAGAUUCGUCUGGUGGGGGACGAGGGUCACAAUUCAAGCUUACUUUUAUACAUGCAUUUUUAGCAAAUUUGUAAAAGUUAUUCGGACCGUAGCGCGUUGAUAGUCGGUACUUUCGAUUUCUUAAGGUUGCAAGGUGAUAGUGGGUAUCUAUUGGUAGGAGCUCUGACACUCGCUCGGUUUGAUUUGGUUUUUGUGUGUUUGGCACAAUUCGCGGGUUUUCAAACAGUGCGAUUUUUUUACCGUUAACUUUCAAUUUUAUUCAUUUUUCCCGAUUUUUUCCGGCCAGCCAUUAUGGAUUACCUUUGGGAAGAGGCAGAGAUCAUCAUUAAUCUUACAAAGAACAAUAGUACAGAUGUCACGGACAUAGUUAAAAUUGUAGCAGAUAGGUGUCAAAAUGUCAUAGAGAAAACCAGUGAUCCUCGCACGGCCGAUUGGCCUUUCAUGCAAAGCAUCUUCCCAACAGUCACGAUGGUCCUAGGCUAUUUAUACGUGGUGAUAUUCCUGGGGCCCAAUCUGAUGGAGAACCGGAAGCCGUUCAAAUUAAAAGAGGUCCUCCUCGCCUACAAUUCCGCUCAAGUUUUGUACAGUCUAUUUAUGUUAUACGAGCAUUUGAUGAGCGGUUGGUUUUGGGACUACAGCUUCAGAUGCCAGCCGGUGGAUUACUCGACCAACUCUAAAGCCCUCAGAAUGGCGAAUUUGUGCUGGUGGUAUUACAUUUCUAAGCUCACCGAAUUCGCCGAUACGAUUUUCUUCGUCAUGAGAAAGAAGAAUAGCCAAGUAACAUUCCUGCACGUCUAUCAUCACAGUCUAACGCCCAUCGAAACGUGGUUUUUGGUCAAAUUUUUCCCAGGUGGUCACGGUACUUUUUCCAAUCUGAUUAAUAAUUUGGUGCACGUUAUUAUGUAUUUGUACUACAUGUUGUCUGGGCUGGGACCUGAAUAUCAGAAAUACGUAUGGUGGAAAAAGCAUCUAACAACAUUGCAAUUGGUUCAAUUUGGCCUGGUCUUCGGCCAUUCGGCUCAACUAAUUUGGUACGACUGCGGCUACCCCAAAUGGGUGGGGUACUUCCUACUAAUCCAUUCGACCAUAUUCUUCGCUCUAUUCUCCAAUUUCUACUAUCAAAGAUACGAGAACGCCAGCAAAACACCAAAGACAGUGAAGAAAGACUAAAGGACUAUUCUAGGAUGUUUAAGUAGUUUGUAGACAUUCUGUAGGUUACUUUUUAAUUUAUUGUAACUCAUUGCAAGCGCAGGAAAUUUGGAAAUUUGGCGUGAAAGUCCUUCGCCAUUUUUUAGAUAUACUAAGUAAAAUUUAACUUUCGAGUGGAAUAAAAAAUUAUUCGACGCAUUAAAUCGAAAUUUCGAACUAGAUUCCAAGGUGAGAUAUCAAACUUGCAUAUCUUGAUGGUUAAAUGGAAUGGAAUAAUAGCGUAAUUGCAAAAUUACUUCCACUAAGCAACUUAACAUCUCGCAAAUUGUUGUAUCUAAAUUAGUAAUUGAUAUACUUAAUUUGUUUCUUAACGUUUGCAUAAUAAUCUCGAAUUUCAGAGAACUCGUUCAUUAAUAUCUUUAGAGACAAUUUUCCCGAUGGAAAUUUUGCACACUGCUCGGGAAAACUAUAAAUAUUACUCAUGCGAAAAAAACUUAACCUAGUCAUAGAGUUCUGUGUUACUAAACAGACAUAAUUGUUAAAUAGUUACCUGUAUUUAAAACGCUUAACUUUAAGACAGUUGUAUACUUUCAUAUUCAAGUUCCUUUGAAACGUUCAAAUGGAGGUUUUGAAGGAACGAACCGUUUGGUAUGACAUAAAUGUUAUUCAAAUAGGGUGUUUGUAAUUAUUUAAAGAAUACUGGGUAUUAGGAGGUAUGUGCAUUUCGAUGUACUUAUUAUAUUAGCGUGGAAAAGAAUGUGAUAAAUAAUAUGUUUAUGCAUUCCUGCACAGCAAUUUUACUGUAUACAAAACGUUGGUGUUCGUGUGAAUUGCUCUGUAGGCGACAUUUCUGGCUAUUUUAGUGGCGGUACUAAAAUAUCCCGAGAACCAAACGUUUUAAAAAAGACAAUAAUUACGAGAAAGUUCAUUAAAUAUUAGUAGAUUUAAGUGUGUAUUUUUUAAAAGAAUUUAUCUUAUUAGAUGAUACUUGUAGAUCCAAGUGUUUUAAACGCUUUUUUUAUACUAGUAAUGAAUAUAGUAGAAAAACUUUAUACACGAAUGAAACUAAAUUUUGUUGUAAGUUGAUCUUUAUAUUUUCGGUAACUACUUUGAACUGAUGAUCAAUAUAUAGAUCAUUUUAUACUUACCUACACCAUUUUCGGUGAUAUUUUUUAUGAAAUUGGAAUUUUUAAAUUAAAUAAAUGGUGAAAUUUAUGAUAGUUAUGAUUAUCGCAUUAAAAACGAGAGCCGAAAACUGGCCAUAGACCAUAUUCAUUAUUAGGUAAUAUUUUAAUAUUUUAAGAGGCAAUUUGCUCAAUAU